AUGUUUGGAAAUUUGGCUUUUUUAGCCUUUUUGUUGAGUGUUUUCUGUGAAAGUGAUGCGAUUGCUCAGUUCUUAUUUGAUCAUGGAACCAUUAAAGACACCGUAUUCUUUGAUCAACAAUAUUCUUUCAUUAUAGUUGGAGCUGGUUCAGCUGGUUGUGUAUUGGCAAAUAGACUCAGUGAAAAUCCCGAGUGGAAAGUGUUACUUUUGGAAGUGGGUGAUAAAGAGUCCGAAUUGAUCACCGAUAUUCCGGUGGCAGCAGUCACUGCAAUGUUUACAAAGUAUAAUUGGCGAUAUCAAACCGAAAAGGAGAAAAAUGCAUGCUUACUUAUGGAUGGUGGAGUUUGCCAGUGGCCGAAGGGAAAAGCGUUAGGCGGUACCAGUGUUAUUAAUUUCAUGGUUUAUAAUCGAGGACAUAAAAGCGAUUUCGAUGGUUGGGCUGCAGCUGGUAAUAAUGGAUGGAGCUAUCGCGAUGUUUUACCUUAUUUCAGAAAAUUGGAACGAAUCGAUAUCGAAGAGCUAAAAUCAUCGAAAUACCGUGGUCGAAAGGGGAAUGUUAAUGUUCAGUACCCUGCAUAUCGUAGCAAGCUCUUGGACGCAUUUAUUGAUGCAGGUAAAGAGUUUGGCUAUGAAGAAACUGAUCCAAAUGGCGACAAAAUGUUGGGCUUCUCGCAAGUUCAAGCGACAACUCGGGAUGGAAAGCGAUGGUCGGCGGCAAAAGCAUAUUUGAGACCUGUUGCGAAACGGAAAAAUUUAUUUGUGUCGACGCGCACAUGGGUGACCCGUGUUUUAAUCGAUCCACAGACAAAAGUAGCUUACGGCGUUGAAUUUUGGAAAGAUCGACAACGAUAUCGUAUUAACGCCACUAAAGAAGUAAUUCUAUCGGCUGGAGUUAUAGCAUCGCCACAAAUACUCAUGCUUUCGGGAGUCGGACCGACAAAAGAUUUGAACGCCCUUCAGAUACCAGUUAUACAAGACUUACGCGUGGGUUACAAUUUACAGGAUCAUAUAAUUUUAAAUGGACUAGCGUUCCUUGUGAAUGAAUCGAUUACAGUGAGCGAAACGAGCGCAGACGGAUUGAGUGCAUUUUUUAAAUAUUACGUUUUUCAUUCUGGUCCAUUUACGCUUCCCGGCGGCGCAGAAGGUCUUGCAUUUGUUAAAACACCAAACUCCACAUUAGCAAAUGACUAUCCCGAUAUUGAAAUUGUGUUUGGACCCGGGGCUGCAAAUGGUAUAUUUACUGCGCCGAUGCUAAGAGGAUUUGGCAUGCCGGAAAAAUUCACCGAACAAGUUUAUCGUGGUAUCGUUGGGCUACCGGCAUUUAGCCUCAUUCCAGUUUUAUUGCAGCCGAAAAGUCGGGGCAGACUUAGCUUGAAGAGCAAAAACCCAUUUCAACCGCCAAAAAUGGAACCGAAUUACCUGAGCCACUCUGACGAUUUAAAUACUCUUGUUAAAGGAGUCAAAUUGGUUCAUAAGUUAGGUGAAUCUACGAGUUUUCAAAAAUACGGCAGCAGAUUAAAUAGGCAACCUUUUCCGGGCUGCGAAAAAUAUGUAUUUGGAUCCAACGACUAUUGGGGUUGUUGCAUAAAAAGCUAUACACUUAGUUUACAACAUCAAGUUGGUACAUGUAAAAUGGGACCUUCAACCGAUGUUGAUGCCGUAGUAAAUCCACAGUUACAACUUUAUGGCAUUGAUCGUUUGCGUGUUGUUGAUGCAUCUAUCAUUCCAACAAUUCCUGCCGCGCAUACAAAUGCCGUUGUAUUCAUGAUCGGCGAAAAGGCGGCUGAUUUAAUUAAAAACAUGUGGUCAUCAUAAAUGUUAAGAACAUUUGUGAUUCUGAAAUAA